CCUCCACCUGCAACUUCCCUUAAACCUGUUUUUAAUUUUAAUUCUUUUGUUUAUUGAAAGGAACGUGCAAAAUUUUUUAAAUUAUUUUCUUAAAAAAAAACAGAUCUUCUAGAGCUCGCAGUAAAAUGGCGACCUCAACGGAGGAUUUAAAUAUUCCGGAAGGCUUCCUGGUGGCACCUCGAGUACCUCAGGGAUUGGCAGCAGCCGUGGAAGGUCUGACUCGCGAGGUGAUUCGCCAAAGACCGGAAGACAUUUAUGUUUUUGCAGCUCAUCAUUUUGAGAAACUUCUUCAUCUUCGCGAAGCUUACGGUGUAACGAGAAGUCUAUCGGUGGAUGAGAGAAAUAUUCAAGCACUUCGUGAUAUGAGUGAGGCUCUAAGAAAGAGAGACGCAUUUCGAGAGGAGAGAAAUUCACGAGAUUUCGCAUAUCAAAGUGGUUGGUCGUUAAACGAGACAGCUAAAGUUCUCGAGCGUCAUAGAAGUAUUUUCGGUGAAGAGGGACAAAAAAUAACCACCGAUGAGGUAAGACAAUUGGCUUCUGAGAAGGAGAGAGAGAAAGUUGAACAUUACCGUCGACAUCGUUCGUUGGAAAAACGAACAACGAGAAAAAAAGAUGAAGGUAAUGUAAGGAAUGGUUUAAAGUUAAUUUCGCAAAUUCCUACUCUGCCUGGUAGCACUGUAAAGGAUAUUAAAAGUGAGUUGAGGAAGAAUAGAAUUAGCAGUCAGGAGAGGCGAACUUUUCUCGAGAAGACGGAAUCGGAAAGUUUGAAAAGUAGUGGAAGAACUUUGGAAAGAAGAGAGAUGGAGGAAGAAGGGAGGAGGAGACGUUUAGAAAGGAAAUCAAAGGGUCUCAGUAUGGAUCGAGUGAAAGAUUAUGUAGUGAAGAAGUUUUCAACGACAAGGAGUCUUGAGGAGCUGCAGUCACCGACUUAUGUCGAAAAGGUGCAAGAAGUUAUCGAUGAGACAGCGCCAAUUAUAAAAGGAAGAGUUGAGGAACUUAAGAAUUCUAUGAAUUCGAAGAGAAUUAGGAGCCUCGAAUCGGAGAGAUCCUCUAGUGAUAAGUCAAGAUCCAAAGAAUCUAGUGGCAAGUCGGGAAGCGAAGAAUCCGAAAAUAGAUUCCGAAGUAAAAAGUCCAGAGAUGAGAAAUCAAAAGAGAAAAAGAAUAGGGAGGAGAGAAUCAGUCGUUCAAGGAUAAAGGAGCAAAAAUUAAAAAGUUUAAAGAGUUCAAAAGCUUCUGAGGUAGAACCAAAUGAUUCUCUAGAAGAUGUUGAGACUCUAAAAUCGGAGGUGGAAUCAAUUGGAUCGAAAAAUGGAUUGGAGAUGAGAUUAAAUGAAACACAAACUCUUUUGGAGGGAAUAUCAUCGGCGUUUACGGCUCCAAUGAGAAGGUCUUCUUCUGCCAAAGAUCUUCGAAAUCGAAUGUCGGAGGGUUCGGAUGUUUCUUUUCCUGUUGUCAGGCCGCUGUCUUCUAAAGCUCAUUCGAGAAGUGUUUCGCGAAGUGAUUCUGCUAAUUUUGUUCUACCUCCAAUUUCUCCAGAUGCUCCGAAAUCUACCAAGAUCAAGGAGGAUUUGAUAUUGCCUGUACUGUCACGUCCCGGUAGUUCUAGUGUGGAAAAGGAAGCAGAUGUGAGAAUAAAGGAGGAGAUAAGUGAAGAAAAAAUUGUUGGAGAAGAAAAUAUUAGUGAUACUAGUGGUAAAUAUGAAGAAAUUGUAGAUAAUAAAAAUUAUAGUGUAGAUAAUGUCGAUGAUUCCUUACCUAUGAGUCCGAAGGAGUUAAAAAUUAUAGACACAGAGAUAGAGGAGGUAUUUAGGGAUAGUUUAAACGUAACACCGGAACCUUCUGAGACUCCAUCGAGGCCGGAUUCUUUGGAACCGGAAGUGCAAAAGGAAGACCAGCAAUCGGAUCUGAAGGAACAAUUAUUGGAAAUUGAAACAGUGGAGAAGAAUAUACAGAGUCUUUUAGAUCCUAAAGAUAAUUUAUCUCAGGACGAAAUAAGUAUACGGAGGAAACUACAAGAGCUCGAAAAUUCUGAACUGAGAAUUAAUGAUAUUUUGCAAGAAACAGAAAAACUUGAAAGUGUCGCGGAAAAAUUAAAGACACUAGAGGAAGUGGAGAAACGAAUCGAUAGCUUUUUGGAUGAGCCAGGAAAUUUUAGAAAGGAAGAAGAUUCCGGAGGUGCAAUAAUAGGGGAAGAGGAAUUAGUUGAUGGAAAUUCGGAAAGUGAAGGAAAGGAAAAGAAACACAAUACCGAGGAAGAGGAAAGUGAAGUUAAAAAAGAAAAAGAUGAAGUAGAGGAGGAGGAAACGGAACAAGAAGAAGAUAACGCAAAUUCAGAUAAAGAAGAUAAAUUCUACAAGGAGGAAGUAGAGGGUAAUUUUAUCCCUUCAAUUCCUUAUUCAUUUGUGUUAACCGAAGGUUCUCCUUGUGAAAUUCCAGAUUCUGUGACAACAGUUAUUAUACCUGAUAGAAUUUCAACUCCAGAUUCCGAUAUACUUGAAGUUGAAGUUGAGGAUGGUGAAGUUCGAUCAAGAAUGACGCCAAAUACCAAUAAAAUAGAAGAUCAAGACGACGAGUUGUCUAAUAAACCGGAAGCUUCGGAUUUAUAUGUUUUUGGAGAAAUUAUCGAACCCGAACCAAAGAGUUCUUUGCAUGAUAUUGAUUUGAUUACGAAAACCGGAUACGAUAUUAUGAUUCCUCAUCAAGAUUUAGAUCAAAUUAAGGAGGAGGAUGAUAAAGAUUUGGAUCGAAUUAAAGAAGAAGAUAGUGAGGCAGUUAGAAUUAAAUCUGGAAGAGAAACGGAAUUACAACAGAUUGUGGAAGAAGUGCAGGAUAAAAUAGAGGAAGAGGUUAAAAAUAAUGUAGAGCAGAUAGAGGAAGAGGUUAAAAUAGAGAAAGAUGAUGAUGUUCUGAAAUCAGUAGAUGAGACUGAAAAUAAAGUAAAGGGAGAUGUUGAGGAUAAAGAACAAGAGGAUCAGGAUAAAACGAAAGACGUCAAGGGUAAUGAGAGUGAAGAUAUUGAUGAGGAGGAAUUAAAGGUUCUUCAACUAAUGACGUCGUCUCUUAAAGAAAUCCAAGAAAGCGAGAAUGGAGAAAUAUUACAGGAAAAUGAAAAUAAGAAUCAAGAUCUGUUUGAAGAUUUAUCAACGGAAGUGCAAAGGAUAGCAGAUUCAGAAUCGACAGACGAAACAAAAGAAACGAGCAUCACUGAUGGGAUUCAGGAGACAACGGAUGUUGUGGAGAAUUCCUUGGAAAUUGAAGAAAGUACCGGUAGGUCAAUAGAGUCAACAAAUGAGGUUAAGGAGACUACAAUGACUGAUCAAUCAAAUACGAGUCUCUCUCUUGAUCCAGGAAUUCCUAUUGUUCCCGAAUUGAAUUUAGAUUCCCUUCAGGAUAUAACUGUUUCCUCAUUUAAGCUGACCGAUGAAGAAAUAGAGAAAAAGGAAAACGAAGAAACUGAGAGUAUUGUUUCGACGACGGAGCCAGAAAUUUCUAUCAAUAAUGAAAAAAUUGAAGAGGAGGAAAAAGAAGAAGAGGAUUAUUUAAAAGGAAGUGAGGUAGAUAAAGUAAAACCGGAAGAGGUUGAAGAAAAUGUUGAGAAGGCGAGAGUUAGUAAAUUAGAAAGCGAAGGGAUUAAAGGUGAAGAUAUUGGAGAAAAUGAUAAUAAAGGAAAUGAGAAUGGAGGGGUUGAUAUUGCUAAAGCAAAAGAAGAAGAAGAAGUAAUUAAUUCUGAAGAACUAAAAAAAGUAGAAGAAGUAAUAAAUUCUGAUAGUUUUGAAAAGCAAAAAGUCAUUGAAGAAAUGGUUAAAGAACAGGUGGAAGUAAAAGAGGAUCUUUGUGUGAAAGCUACAUCUUAUGUGACAACUUCAGGUGGUGAAGAUGAAGCGGAAGAAAAUAAUAAAGACACAGCAGAAGAAGAAAAUGAAACAGAAGAUACUUUUAAUAAAAAGUCAAUAUUAGAUGAAGAAACUAAAGAUCAAGUUCAAAAAGAAGAAAGAAAAAAUGAUGUAAAUCAAGAAGAAGGAAAAAUAAAAGUGGAUGAUGUAACAAAAGAAAUGGACACAAAAGAAGAAAUUUCGCUUCAAGACGAAUUGAAAGAGGAAUCUAAAGAAAAUGAUAAGGCAUCAGUGGAAGGCGAUAGAAAAGAAGAAAUAGAGGCUAAUGAAACUGAAAUAGUGAAAGAUGAGAAUGAAAUUAACAUCAAUGAAGAAAAAAAUAUUGCCGUUGAAGUAGAAAAAGAAAAUGAAAUUGAAGAGGGAAAAGAAGCUAGCGUUAAGGAAGAAAAAGAUGCAUCAGCUGAAGAAGGAAGAGUUUUUAUUGAAGAAGAAAAAGAAGCAACAGUUGAAGAUGUUACAGAAGUUAAACCCGAAAGUGAAAAAGAGACUGAAAUUGAAGAAAAAGAAGAAACAUUAGCUAAAGAAAAAGAAAAUACAAUUGAAAAGGAAGUUGAAGAAGAAACGGAGACUGAAAUUGAAAAACAAGAAGAAGCUACAGCUAAAGAAGAAAAUGAAACUACAAUUCAAGAAGUUACAGAAGCAAAGCUUGAAGAAGAAACUGAGACUGAAAUUAAAAAUCAAGAAGAAGCUACAGCUAAAGAAGAAAAAGAAACUUCAAUCCAAGAAGUUACAGAAGCAAAGCUUGAAGAAGAAACUGAGACUGAAAUUAAAAAUCAAGAAGAAGCUACAGCUAAAGAAGAAAAUGAAACUACAAUCCAAGAAUUUACAGAAGCUAAGCUUGAAGAAGAAAUCGAGACUGAAAAACUAGAAGAAGUUAAAACUAAAAAAGAAAAAGAAACUACAAUCGAAGAAGAUACAGAAUCUAAGUUUAAAGAAGAAACCGAAACUGAAAUUGUAAAACAAGAAGAAGAUAUAGCUAAAGAAGAAAAAGAAACUACAAUCGAAAAAGUUACAGAAGCUACGAAUAAAGAAGAAACCGAGACUGAAACUAAAAAACAAGAAGAAGCUAUUAAUGAAAAAGAAGCUACAAUAGAAGAAGAUACUGAAGCUAAGCUUAAAGAAGAAAUCGAUACUGAAACGGAAAGAAAAGAAGAAUCUAAAAUUGAAAAUAAAGAAGAAACUGCAGCUAAUGAAGAAAAGGAAACUACAAUCCAAGAAGAUACAGAAGUUAAGGACAAUGAAGAGAACGAAAUUAAAGUUACUGAAAAAGAAGCUGCAGUCGAAGAAGAAAAUAAAUUUGAAGCUGAACAAAGUAUCAAAAUUGAUAACGAAAAAAAUAUUGAGACUCAAAUUGAAAAAGAAUCAGAAAUUCCUCAAACUGAUGCAAAUGAAAAAGAAGAGUCAAUUGAAUUAAUAGAAUCAAGAUCUGCAAGUCAAUGUACAACACGACGUAUUAAUUCUGCAAAUAAUUCGCCAACGAAGGAAGAACAUUUCAGUAAUAGUGAAGAAAUUAAUAAAAUUGAAAAAAACAAUGAUAAUGAAAAUGAAACACAAAUUAACGAAAAAAAUAACGAUUUUGAAAUUCAAGAAACAAUAAAAGCCGAUAUUGUUACAAAUGCCAUUGAUGAUGAUAAUUUGGAUGAAAAAAAAGAAUAUCAUAUUUAUGUACCCGAUUUAAAUGACAGUGAAAAUAGUAUUUCCGAUUCUAGUUCUUUCAUCUCAGCAGCGACAAAAAUUCAAGCAGGGAUUCGAGGAUUUUUAAUUCGAAGACGCCUACAGAAUUCGCAAUUUCGCAGUUCAACAUUGGAUAGUGUACCAUCGAUCCAAGAGAGUUUUGUGGUCGAUCCUGGUACAACAAUAACAGAAUCACUUUUAUCACCAAUUGAAGAGGUAACACUGAAAUCAUUUGAUGAUAAUACUCGUCAAUCAACAAAUAGAAAACGUCUAAGAAGAGAAGAUGCCAUUCAAAGGCCGACACUCUCAUUGGAAAAUGCGUUUGCCGAAGGGGGACUUCAACAUACCGGUGAAUUUCACGAUUGCAUUCCAUUGCCUGUUUUUCAAUUUGAAAAUCGACGCCACAGGGGGAAGAAAUUACCCGGAAGUGCUAGAGGAGGGAGGGAAAAAUUGCGAGAUAAGGAAAAGGAGGAUGAUGAAGGUGGGAAAGGUCCUAAAGGAAGAGGAAAGGAAGCAGAAAGUGGAAAGGGAGGUCAAAAAGAAGCAAAGGAACCGAAGGAAAAUCAACAGAAAGGGAAGGAAGAGGAAAUUGUAAAAGAGACAACAAUAAGAAUGAGAGAAGAUAAGAGAAAGGAAAAUGUAAUAAAAGAAAAUGAUGUAAUAAAUGAUGGAAUAGAAUUAAAGUCACUUGGAAAAGAAGAGGAGAAAGAUGAAAAAUUAAGGGAAAUUCAAGAUGAAGCUAAAUAUGAAUCAAUUAUAUGCAAUGGAAUUAGACAAAAUAGUAGGAGUACAAAAAUUUUAGAGAAUGGAGUAGAUAAAUUUUCAUUGGGAAAAAAGAAAUUCGAAGGAGAGAGGAGGAGGGAAACAAUUGGAGAGGUAAGAAAAGAAACAAGUGGAGCUAGGAGGGAAAAGGAAGGAAACAAAGAUAGAGAAAUAAAAAAUGAAUCCACCAAAAGAAAUGGAGGACAGAUUCAGAGUAUGGAAUUAGAAACAAACAGUGGGAGAAGAAAAGCAAACAGUGAAAGAAGAGAGUUUGGAAAAGAGAAAGAUGAAAGAAAAGAGGUAAAAAGAUACUUAAAGAGAGAAACUCAUAGAGAAAGGGAAGUGGAAACAAAAAAUAACAGCGGAAAAAUUAAAGAGAAUGGAGCAGCUAAAUGUAACGGAAUUGAGAAAAAUAGCGGAAGGAGUCAAUUUUCAAUGAGAAGGGAAAAAGACAAAGAUCGAAAUUCAAAUCAGAUUAUAGAGAUCGAAAGAAAGGAGGAGAAUUCGAAAAAAGAAGGGCAAAUUAGUAGAGAAAAAAUUAAUGGAGUGGAAAAAGCAAGUCAAACAAUUAAUACAAACCAAUUGGUUAAUGGAGGAGAGGAACAGUUAUCCAGCGGUGAAAGAAUAUUCAACGGGAUAGGAAAAGAGAAGGAAACAAUUAGUGGAAGGAAAGAAAUAAUUAACGAAACUAAAAUGGAAGAAAAGUUUAGUAAAAGUGGUGAAAAUAUUGAUGAACCCAAAUAUCCAAUUGAUGAACCUAAAGAAAAUCUUGCAGAAGAAUCUCAUUGUUACUUUCAACAUGAUUUGAACUAUUUUUGCCAUCAAGGAAUUUAUCCCAUUCCCAAUGGUUUCACACAUUCUCCUCCACAUGUGGAGAAUAUCUUUCCUAAGGAAUCAUCAUUUAAUUUGGAUUUUAAUCCCAAACUUGGACCUAUUCUCGACAUCCUUUUCGCCAAGGAAGAUCCAAUGCUCGAGAAUAAUUAUCUUAAUUUUAUAACGAGCGUCGAGGAUAAUUCUCCUGAAGAUGUUUCUCAAGUACCGUUGGAAAAAAUCGAAGUAAAUCUUAAAAAUAAUUCCCAUGAGAGUAUUCGGGAACCGUUAGCCAUACCUGGAAGUCCCAAAAGAAUUAUAAUAGAGGAUGUAACAAGUUUGGAGGAGACGAGUUCGAUAUUCAUUGAGGAGUAUAAAAUUGUCACCAAUUCGUCGUUAACUUCAAAGGAGGAGGAGGAGGAAUUUAUUUUUCUUGAAGAAUCUUUAAAGGAGGGAAGAGAUCAAGUGAUGAAUCAAGAGGAAUUAGAGGGAAUAGAGGAACAUGAAGGAGAAGGAGAAAUUAAGGAUGUAGAGAAGGAGAAGAUGGAAACUUUCAAAGAGGCUAAGGACAUGGAAAAGGUACAGGAGGUUAAUGUAAUUAAAGAGAAAAAAAUUAUAGACUUUUGCCAAAGAUCCUCAACUUUUUUCGAGGAAGUGACUGAUGUGAAAAUCUCCAAGACUGUCGAGAAAUUAUCAAAAAACAAAAUCCAUGAGAAUGGUAAAGGGAAUCAAGAAGAGAUGAAAUCUUCAACAAACAAUGAUGAUAAUCCUCAUCUUAAGACGUUUUAUUCUUUUGAAAGAAAGAAGGAACUCUCAUCUUCCAUAAGUGACAAAUUGAUUCCUUCCGCUAAAAAUUUAAAUAAAGAACUUUCGUCUUCAGAUGAUCCUAAUCCCUCGUCUCUAAGGGAUGAUUAUCCAAAUUUCGAAGACUCUUCCCUUCUUCCUGAUGCUUCCCUAAGUACUCUUUCAUUUUCUAUGAAUAUUGACGAUGUUCUUGGUCUGGGUUCUGAGGACGAAAGUUGCAAGGAAUUUCGUAUACCACCUUCAUUGACUAAAUUCAACUCCACCGAUGAUCUUGGAAGUUCGCGAGAUUCAAAAAAUUCUCAACAUUGUAUGGAAACUGUUCAGUCGCCAAUUACAAUGAUGCAAAUGGAAUCAAAGAGUUCUGAAGAGAAGUCUGAGGGACGUGAUGAAUCUUUUAGUGGCGUUAGUAAAAGGCAAAGUGGAAUUAACGAUAGAGAAAGUAGUAAGGGUCGUGGUGAAAAAUUGACUAAAAAAUUUGUCAGAAAUGAAAAUGGAAGAAGUAAUGGUAAUUGUGUCAAUGUAAAAGAGAGGAAAUCAUUAGAAAUGAAGGAGAAGGCAAGUCCAAGAGGUAAUGAAACUGAUUCUAGUUCUGGAAAGUGCAUUGAGAAAAAAAAGUUGAAGGGAAAAUAGUGAUAAAAGACAAUGUAAAGAUAAAUGUUCUUCUUAUCAAAAUUAUAAUUGUGAUUGCGUUCUGAAAAAAGCAGGUGUUAUCGAUCAAAAUAAAUGAUGAGUGUAAAUUCGGUGUAAAUUUUUCAAAAUUCAAAAUUGCGGCAGGUUUUUAUAAAAAUUGACCGGAUUUACAAAAUUUCAAAAUGUCGGAUCAAAUAUGGCGGCAUAUUGAUGAAAAAUUGAUCGGAUUUGUUCAAAAUUUAUUAUUCGGGGGGUUUUGCGUUCGCCGAUUACAAAUCUGACUUCAGAUUUUCAAAAUUCAAAAUGGCGGAUAUAAUAUGGCGGGCGUAUUUUUAAAUAAUUAAUUCAAAAUGGCGGACAUUUUUUGAAGUUCAUCUAAUUUACUUAAAAAAUUGUUACUAGGGGUUUUUGGGGUCGCUGAUUACGAAUCCAAUGUUAGUUUUUAAAAAAAAAUUUAAAUUCAAAAUGGCGAAUCCAACAUGGACGAUUUUUUCAAAAAUUGAUCGGAUUUGCGUGAAAUUUGUUAUGUAGCGGUUUUUGUGGUCACUGAUUACGAAUUUGACUUGAUAUUUACAAAAUUCAAAAUGGCGGAUCCAAUAUGUCGACAAGUAGUUUUGAAAAUUGAUCAAAUUCAUUUGAAUCUUCUUACUCGGAGGUUUUGGGAGUCGCUGAUUACGAAUCUGUUGUCAGUUUUUAAAAAUUCAAAAUGUCGGAUCCAAUAUGGCGGAAAAUUUGUCAAAAAUUGAUCAGGUUCGCUUGAAACUUGUUACUUGGGGGUUUUUGGGGUCGCUGAUUACGAAUCCGAUGUUAGUUUUUUAAAAUUCAAAAUGAUGGUUACAAUGUAGCAAAUUUUUUUCUUUAAGUUUAACAUAUUUGCUUUAAAGUCGUUAUUCGUGAAUUUUUAGGAUAGCUGAUUAUAGAUUGAAUAAUAUAUUCGUAUUUUGUGAAUCGGAUAUUUUGUAUUUUGAAUACUUGUUGUUGGAUUUGUAAUUAGUGUCCUUUUUUUAAAAUCGACAGAAAAAAAAAAUUCGAUAUUUUAAUUGAUAACACCCCUUUUUCAGAUACGAUCACAUAUAUAAAUAUACUGUUGACACACUGAGGAGUUUUUUGUAUUUUCAGAUAAUAGUGAUACCAUGACAUAUUGUAAAAAACUAUUUAAUAAAUAUAAAAGA